AUGGAAGAAAAUAUAAAUGCUCUUAAUAAAAGAUGUAAGAGAAUUGAAGAGAAAAACUCUAAUUUACAACAACCUGUACACAAAAUCCAAUUAAAAAGUGAAUCUUGUGCAGAAAAGUGCACAUGGGCCUCAAUGUCUCCACCACCACCCAACACCACUGAAGAAUAUAGUAUCCCAACAUCCAACACCUUUGAUCUUCUAACUGAUGAUGCAGCAAAUAAAGGUGAUAACACAAAUGAACAUGUAGAGUUGAAGUCCAAAGGAAACAAGGAAGAAAACGUAGAAGAUGGAGUCGAACAGAAUGACAAUAUUCAGCAAGACCUCCCUCCCACUGUCCAACCAAACACAAGUGCACAACCCGAAACUAAAACUGACCACCAAAAGUCAAUCGACGCAGAAACCAUCAUCAUAUGUGACAGCAAUGGUCGAUACCUGAAACCCAAAGAACUUUGUCCUGACUCAACAACAAAAUACAUCCGAUCCCCAACUCUCUCCCAAGCAAGGCAAAAAAUUGAAUCCUUCAACUUCAGUAACCCCCAAAACCUUAUUAUCCACUGCGGAACUAAUGAUAUCGAACAACCCGGAAAAAACACUACAACCGAAACCCUAGAAAUUGUGGAUUUAGUCAAACAAAAACAUCCAAACGGCAGAAUUCUAGUAUCCUCAUUAUUAUCAAGAAAGGAUGAACUUAACAACAAAGUGCCAACGAUUAAUGAAGAACUUAAAACCAGACUUUCCUCCAAAACAAAAACCACUUAUAUCCAGCAUACCAAUAUAUCUAGUGCUGACCUGCACGACAAGAAGCACUUGAACGAAAGGGGUGUUAAAAAAUUUGCAAAAAACAUUAAAGCGGCUUACUUUAACACCACACCUAAAACGAAGAAAAUGAACAAAAAAUAUCCCCCAAGAGAUAUCCACAACCAAAACUUCUCACAACAUGUGAGAACACAACCUUUCCAAUUUGGCCGCAACAACAUAUACCCACCGUUCACCCCAUAA